AUGAGUAUCAAAAAAGGGAGCAAUGGGAACAGUGGAAAGGAUGAUGACCAAUCAACAAUUACAGUUGACAGUGAUGAAUGGGAAGAAGUCCCAGUCAAGAAAGACAACAAGUCAGACUCUGAAUCGGAAUCAUUCAUUGCAACUCAGUUGACGUCCAGCCAACAGGAAAGAAGAGACAAGAAGAAGAAACAAAACAAGGAAAACACAGAGAAGAAGCCAAAACAUGACAACGAGAAUGAAAAAAUCGUUCUCUUACGAAGAAAAAGACUAGUUAUCCUCAAAAGUAUUGAACAACUUGCAAAAUCACUCGAUUCUUUUCUGAUUCAAUACCUUUAUAUCCGCAUCCAAGCGCUUACCAUUAAACCUGUUCAUUUCAAUUGGAUCGUUGUAUUUAUAGGGUAUUUUUUUGCGAUUGAGAUCCAACUCAUAAAUCAAAUGGAUACACAUCGAAUUGAGAUAUUAAGACGAUCUCGAAAGGAAACAAAGGAAUUUUACGAUUACCAGCAGUCGUAUUUAAUUUGUACAUUGAUUAAAGAAGGCCACGAAGUGACGGUGCGACGAUACCGGUAUAAGAUCGAAGAUCGGAGCAUCACAUUACACGUUCUAAAGAUCGACAACAAUGAAAUUAAAUCAAUUAAGCCGGAAUAUACGGAUGAUAAAAACGCAAAACGAGCUAAAAACCAAGAAGCAUAUAUCCAAGGAAUUGAUACCAUGUGCGAAACCUUAGUAAAAGACAGAUACACGUUCACAACAAAAAAGAGUGUACAUGGGAAAAAACAACGAAUCACUAGCGUCACUUGCAAUGGGAACAUCAUAUCUCAGGAAAAGAUCUUUGAAGAAGGAAAGAAGUUCAAUGAAAUGUGCAAAACUUUGAAAUGCAUGGAAAUGUUGAAUUUCAUCGGAUCAUCAAACAACCAAGUCCAGCUCAUUAGAUAUUACCGAAACAUAAUGCUAAACAACAGUGACUCAUAUUGGCAAAUCAAUCCAAAGAAAAACGGGAUUUCAACGAUAGAAACCAAGAAGAGGGUGUUCAAGGUCUUUAGAACGAGUGAAGAAAUCCAUUUCAUAGAUUAUUUCGAGAAAAUCCCACAAAGAGUUACAGGAAAUUCAUUUGUCAUGCAUGGGCUAGAAAUCAUCACAGGAGCAAUCAAACAAAACAAUUCAUAUGAAGAAAUGAAUCAAGAACUAGAAUUGUUGUUGGGCACUUUGUAUGAAAAGUACAAAGAAAUCAAACGUCAACACGACGAAAAAAUGAUUUACACGAAACAAAUGGAAGAGGAUGUCAACGAAAUUGUUCUUGCAAUGAUUCAAAUCACAUUCCCCGUAUAUCUUCUUACAAAGCUCGAUAUCCCAUUCAAAGAAGAGGAAUCUAGAAACAUUCUUAUCAUUCAGUGGUCAUCAAAUCAGCGUCUUCUCAGACAUGAUUGA